UUGAACGCCUAAGUAUGAUGGUUAUCCUCCUGAACUGUGUAACUCUGGGAAUGUUUCAUCCAUGCGAAGAUAUAACUUGCGAUUCACACCGCUGCAAAAUCUUACAGGGCUUUGAUGAUUUCAUCUUUGCAUUUUUUGCUGUGGAAAUGAUUAUCAAGAUGUUUGCUUUGGGAAUAAUUGGGAAGAAAUGCUACUUGGGUGAAACCUGGAAUCGCUUAGAUUUUUUUAUAGUGAUGGCUGGGAUGCUGGAAUACUCUUUGGAUCUCCAAAAUGUUAGCCUGUCGGCGGUGCGCACUGUUAGAGUUCUACGUCCAUUGCGGGCAAUAAAUAGAGUGCCAAGUAUGCGCAUUCUUGUGACUUUGCUGCUGGACACGCUGCCAAUGUUGGGGAAUGUCCUCCUUCUCUGCUUCUUCGUCUUCUUCAUCUUUGGGAUUGUCGGUGUUCAACUUUGGGCUGGCCUGCUGAGAAAUCGUUGUUUCCUCCCUGAAAACCUCAGCCUCCCUAUUUCAUUCGAAUUGGAAAGAUACUAUAGGACUGAAAAUGAAGAUGAAAAUCCAUUUAUCUGCUCCCAAACAAAAGAAAAUGGGAUGCAAUACUGCAGGAACAUCCCUGUACAAAGAAUGGAAGGCCUUGAGUGCAUUUUGGAUUAUAAUUCAUUUAAUUACUCCACUAAUACCUCAUGUGUAAACUGGAACCAAUAUUACACAAACUGUUCUGCAGGAGAACACAAUCCCUUUAAAGGUGCUAUUAAUUUUGACAAUAUUGGAUAUGCCUGGAUAGCAAUAUUUCAGGUUAUUACUUUGGAAGGCUGGGUGGAUAUUAUGUAUUUUGUGAUGGAUGCACAUUCUUUCUACAACUUCAUCUAUUUUAUCCUUUUAAUUAUAAUUGGAUCAUUCUUCAUGAUUAAUCUUUGUCUUGUAGUCAUUGCAACCCAAUUUUCUGAAACAAAGCAAAGGGAAAAUCAACUUAUGAAAGAACAGAGAAUUCGUUUUCUCUCAAGUGCCAGUACCCUAGCCAGCUUUUCUGAGCCUGGUAGUUGUUACGAUGAACUGAUAAAGUAUUUGGUGUACAUAGUUUGCAAGGCAAAGAAAGAACUUGUCCAAUUCUACAGAGAUGCUCUAUUUAAAAUGGGUUUCAAAUCCAGCCCAAUGAAAAACAAAACAGAAAAACUGACUUACGUAAACAAGAGGAGAAGAUCUUCUGUGCACCACCUAAUUCACAACCACAACCAUCAACAUUAUCAUCUAAAAAAUGGAAAUUUGCAAGCACCAAAGGCAAGCCCUGAACUCAAUGAAGUGGAUGUCAGCUCUCAUCAGAAAGGAAGCAGAUUCAUGUUUUAUUUUGCAGGGAGAUCACAAACCUCACCGGUCACGUCGGUCAGCAAUACACAGUCAAUUCACAGCAUUUAUCAUGCUGAUUGCCAUCUUGAACCUGUGAAUUGUGAGCCUGCCUUAAAUCCACCAGGGUCUUCUGUAACAAAGUCACAGGUGAUUCCCAAAAAUAUACUAGGUAAACAUGUAUACCCAACCGUUCAUCCACGUAUACCAACUGAUAUAGACAGGAAGACCCAACAAGCUGAACUUUCAGAAAUUCCUAUGAUUACAUGUGAUGCUCCUAUUCAUCCUGAACAAGUUUACAGCUCAAUGAACAGGCUGCUAGAGAAUCAGAAGACAGGUGUCUGCAAAACUCCAUGUAAAAGUCAACCUACAAAAUCCAAUGCUGGGUACAGUGAACUACACCUACCAAAUAAGGAGACAGUGGACUCUGAGAUUGAUGGGGAAUAUGAGAUCACCCAGGACACUCAAUGUACUGUUAAAACUGAAGUACACAAAGGGAAAGAUAGACCGAAAAGCUUGAGUAAUUGUUUGAAACUGUGGAAACUAGUGUGCGAAACAUUUAGGAAAAUUGUUGACAGCAAAUACUUUGGCCGUGGGAUUAUGAUUGCAAUUCUAAUUAACACCCUCAGCAUGGGUGUAGAAUAUCAUGAACAGCCUGAAGAACUUACUAAUGUCCUGGAGAUCAGCAAUAUUGUGUUCACAAGCCUAUUUGCUCUGGAAAUGAUUUUAAAAAUGUUGGUGUAUGGACUUUUUGGGUAUAUUAAAAGUCCUUAUAAUAUAUUUGAUGGCAUCAUUGUGAUUAUCAGUGUGUGGGAGAUCAUAUGGCAGCAGGAAGGAGGUUUAUCUGUGCUGAGGACGUUCCGUCUCAUGAGAGUUCUGAAGUUAGUGCGGUUUAUGCCUGCUCUGCAGCGUCAGCUUGUAGUCUUAAUGAAAACUAUGGACAACGUUGCUACAUUCUGCAUGUUAUUGAUGCUUUUCAUUUUCAUCUUUAGCAUUCUUGGAAUGCACCUUUUUGGAUGCAAAUUUGCCUCAGAAAAAGAAGGGGACACCUUGCCAGAUAGAAAGAAUUUUGAUUCUCUCCUAUGGGCCACAGUAACUGUAUUUCAGAUCUUAACCCAAGAGGACUGGAACAAAGUUCUCUACAAUGGAAUGGCGUCAACAUCUUCAUGGGCAGCACUGUACUUUAUCGCACUGAUGACUUUUGGAAAUUAUGUUUUGUUUAACCUGCUGGUUGCAAUUCUUGUAGAAGGAUUCCAGACCGAAGAAGUUUGCAAAAGGGAAGAUAUGAUUUCUCACCUAAGCUGCAUACAUGUGGACUCAUCUGUGGCGGAUUCAUCACAGUCUUGUUCUGAAGCAGGACAAGAAGAAUAUGGAAUCUACAAAAGCAAUUCCAAUAUGUCUUUUGCUUCUUUACAUGGAUACCAAGAUGGAAAGGGGACCUUACAACCACCACUCAUCACACAUACCGCUGCCACUCCACUGUCCAUACCAAAAAGUACUGUGUUUGGAGACAUUCCACUGAGCUGUGACUUCAAGAGGGAGCUAAGCCUUUCUGGAAGUCUUUCUAUAAGUGAUAAACAAUGUAUGUCAAAUACCCAGAAAUAUCCUUACAAUUCAUGGGGUGCAGUAUGCAGUUGGAACAACCGAAGAUCUAGUUGGAACAGUAUUGGACGUACUUCCAGUCUCAAAAGAGAUGUGCCAAGUUCUGAACAAAAGUCUUUACUUUCUACAAAUGAGAAAGGAAUCUUAAAUGGGGAAACAUGUGAUGAAGAGGUGAAUGGCCCAAAUGUAAUUUCUUGUAACAAGAUGGAGCUGAUGGAAAAAAGUGAUUUUCACAUGUGUGAAAGUUUGCAUUUCCCUUAUUCUUGUGGGAUACAAAGUAGACAAAGCAAUACAACACAGUACAGCAAUAACAGAAAAUCUUUGUCGUCCCCUCUGUUUACGCACUUUCAUGUAGACGAUCAAAAACAUGAUUGCAGCAACAAUGAUGAUGAUGAUUAUGUAAAUAUGAGCAAAGGACAAAGACUAAAAGCUUGGAUUUCAAGUCAAUUACCAUCCUGGUGCAAAGAACGAGAAACAUGGUCCCUCUAUCUAUUUUCACCUAAUUCCAAAUUUCGUCUGAUGUGCAACAGAAUCAUUACUCACAGAAUGUUUGAUCAUGUGGUUUUGGUGAUCAUAUUUCUGAAUUGUGUCACUAUUGCAAUGGAGAGACCAAAAAUAGAACCUCAGAGUGCUGAAAGAAUAAUCCUUACCAUGUCAAACUAUAUAUUUACAUUCAUUUUUUUGGCUGAAAUGACUGUAAAGGUAGUAGCAUUGAAUUUUUGUUUCGGUGGAAAAGCAUACCUGAAAAGCAGCUGGAAUCUUCUCGAUGGAAUGCUUGUUUUAAUCUCUGUAAUUGACAUCAUAGUUUCUAUGGUGUCCGACAGCGGCACCAAGAUUUUAGGCAUGUUAAGAGUUCUGAGGCUGCUGAGAACCCUAAGACCACUACGGGUUAUCAGCCGUGCUCAAGGAUUAAAGCUUGUAGUUGAGACCUUAAUGUCUUCAUUAAAACCAAUUGGUAACAUUGUGGUAAUCUGCUGUGCCUUCUUCAUCAUAUUUGGGAUCCUUGGAGUUCAGCUUUUCAAAGGAAAAUUUUAUUAUUGCCUUGGAGAGGACACAAGAAAUAUAACCAAUAAAUCUGACUGCCUUGAAGCAAAAUAUAAAUGGGCUCGACACAAAUAUAAUUUUGAUAAUCUUGGUCAGGCGCUAAUGUCUUUGUUCGUGUUGGCAUCAAAAGAUGGAUGGGUAGACAUAAUGUAUGAUGGACUUGAUGCUGUUGGAGUAGAUCAACAGCCUGUUAUGAACCACAACCCUUGGAUGCUUCUGUACUUCAUUUCUUUCCUCCUGAUAGUUGCUUUCUUUGUCCUCAAUAUGUUUGUGGGAGUAGUAGUGGAAAAUUUUCACAAGUGUCGACAAAAUCAGGAGGAAGAAGAAGCAAAACGACGAGAAGAAAAAAGACUUAAAAGGAUGGAGAAAAAGAGAAGGUGUAAGGAGAGGGAACUGGCAGAGUCCCAGUCCAAACCUUACUACUCAGACUACUCCCAUCCUCGUCUUCUCAUUCACCAAAUGUGCACAAGUCAUUAUCUGGAUUUAUUUAUCACUGGGGUUAUUGGAUUAAAUGUGGUUACCAUGGCAAUGGAACACUAUCGACAACCUAAGAUUUUAGAUGAUGCCCUGAAGAUAUGUAAUUAUAUAUUCACCCUCAUUUUUGUCCUAGAAUCUGGAUGCAAAAUGAUUGCUUUUGGAUUACGGAGAUUCUUCAGAGACAGGUGGAAUCAGUUAGACCUGGCAAUAGUUCUUCUUUCCAUUAUGGGGAUUACUUUGGAAGAAAUUGAAGUUAAUGCUUCGUUACCCAUUAACCCUACAAUAAUUCGGAUUAUGAGAGUUCUUCGAAUCACGCGUGUUUUAAAGUUACUAAAGAUGGCUCUAGGCAUGAGGGCAUUGUUGGAUACUGUUCUCCAAGCACUUCCUCAGGUGGGAAAUCUUGGCCUGCUCUUUAUGUUACUUUUUUUUAUUUUUGCUGCACUGGGAGUUGAACUCUUUGGGGAUUUAGAAUGCAGUAAUACCCAGCCAUGUGAAGGACUUGGGAGGCAUGCAACAUUUAGAAAUUUUGGAAUGGCUUUUUUAACUCUCUUUCGAGUAUCAACAGGAGAUAACUGGAAUGGGAUAAUGAAGGACACCCUAAGAGACUGCAGUGAGGAAUCUACAUGUUACAACACUGUCAUCUCUCCAAUCUACUUUGUUUCCUUUGUGCUGACUGCUCAGUUUGUCCUGGUCAAUGUUGUGAUAGCUGUUCUCAUGAAACACUUGGAGGAAAGCAACAAAGAGGCUAAAGAAGAGGCAGAAUUGGAAGCAGAGAUGGACCUUGAAUUUCAGAUUCAAAAUGUACACAUGUCAGACAGUGACAUCUUCCCCUGGAAUGGUAAAGAUCUUGGACAUUCUCCAGACAGCACUUAUGGAUAUACGGAUUCUGGGCCUGAGAAUGAAACACAGUUUUCUUCACUACAUCCAAUGGAAAGGCACAUGUUUGAUACAAUAUCAUUGCUAAUACAAGGCUCUAUAGAGGGUGAGAUGAAGCAAAUGGAUAACUUGUCUGGAUCUGUGUACCACCACUAUGCUAUCCUGCCACUUGAAAAGGGAUUCUCAGAGAAACAGGUACCAUUGGCAGAGAUGGAAGGUCUGUCUUUAACAUCAGACAUCUUUUCUGAAAGGUCUUGGUCCUUAGCUCAAGGAGAUGAGUGGCAGCCAGAUGAUACCAGCAAUGCACCAUUUAAUGAUGAAAACAAGAAUGACUCUCUGGAAAUAUUUUUGAACCGCAAGGAAAAUUUUCCAAGUGGAAUGACGGAAAAUACAUCACUAUGUCCGUUAUCCUCUGCAGACGUAGCAUCGGUGUUUAAGAAAAGUCAACCUAAAAAAACAUUGUGUAACUUGGAGCAAACAAGCACCUACGUGGAACAUUUUCAUGAUAUGUGCAAAAUGUUUAGAUACCCAAAUACUUCCCAAGGUAGCCUUAAUCCAUUCGGAGAAUUAUCUCAAGAGCAAAAAAAACAAGAUUUAUUAAACACAGUGUUUUGUAAACAUAAUUUUAACUCGAAAGCAGUCAAGGCGCUGAGUGUAUAUUCUGCCGCAUAUUCGCUAAGCCAAAAACUAAAACUAGGAAACAGCAAUAAUGUUAUCUUAAAGGACAUUAAAAAAUUUUACAGCAUGGAUGCUCAGGAGAUCUUUACAAAAACCUCAUGGAAGGAUGAUCCCAGGAGACAUUCGAUUGAAAUCUGCUCUGUAGAAAAUACUCUUCAAUACUACCCAGUUACACAUUCAUGCAGCUUCACUAGCCACGUAUUAAAUGAGAAAGAUAACUUGCAAGCAAUACAGAAGACAUACGGACACAGCCCUUUCAAUCCAGAUACUAUUACUUCAAUAUGUGCCUCUGAAUUGUCGUGCUCAAAUACAGAAGUGCAGAUGACAUAAAAAUGCAAUUAUAUACAUCUGAGGCAAAUAAAUAUUCUAAUCGUGGUGGCUCUUUAAUUCCAGAAAUAUAACUCCUACUAUAAUGCAAAAAUGAAUUAUUGGAAAUAUUGAUUUUUUUUUUUUUUUUGGUUAAUGCUUCUACACCUUCUAUCGGCGUGCCACAUUACUGGAUGCCGAUGUUGUGGGUAUGUAUUAACAGAUUAUGAACAACAAUAUGUGAAGUCUGGCAUUCUACCCACAUUUCCAAAUGGUCUGGGUGCUCUUCACAUGUUUGAUAAAAGAUAUACACUGUAAAGGAUGAAUGUACUCAAACAGAAAACUCCAAUCUAAGUUGUAAUAUGAAAUACUACUUACAUAAUGAUCAAUGUUUUACCCCCCUCGCUUGUUUCUUUUUCAAAUAAAAUAAUAAAAUUAACAGGGCAAAUAAUUAUAGGGUACAAUGCAAGUGAUAAUGAAACUCGCCAGUGUAAAUUCCAAACACAUGUGGAAGCAAAUUUAGCGUGUUUCUGAACUAGAAAUCUUAAUAA